AUGAAAGGAAAUAUUCCUAUUCCAAAGGGCAAGAGCAAACAAACUGCAGUCAAGUUAUUCGAACAGUGCUACACUGCAUUAACAAAGGAAAAAAAAAUUGCUGCUGCGAAGAGUAUGAGUAAUCUAAAGUUGGAUUCAGUGGUUGCUUGGACGAUGAAGAUUCCAUUAGAGAAAUGGGUUUCUCAUGCAUUUCCAGGAGAGAGGUGGGGUGAGAACACAUCUAAUAUUGCUGAGAGUUUUAAUUAUGUUAUUAAGCGUGAUAAGCCGCUUCCAGCACUUGAGCUAGUCGAUUCUGUUCGUGCUAAGGUAAUGGAGCAGAAUUACAAGAGGUUAUUGGAGUCUAACAAGUGGACUACAGUGCUUACUCCUCGUAUGCAAGCGAGGUUUAACAAGAGGAUAAACAACUGUCGUUCAUACAAGUUUCGUAGAUCAAGUGAGAAAGUAUUUGAGAUCAUUUCUCCAAAAGGAAAGCAUACCGUCAACUUGGAUUCUAGAACUUGCAGCUGCAAAUGGUGGCAAAAACAUAGCUUCCCUUGUACUCAUGAAAUGAAGGCAAUGUUGCAGAUUGGAAAUAAUGAACCGUACAAGUACAUCAGCCCUUACUAUACUUCUGACUACUAUAGAAAGUUGUACUCUCGACCUAUAUAUCCUAUUCCGGACUCUGAGAAGCCACCUGGAAUUAAUGGAAAGGGUUAUGUUUUGCCUCCCAAUGGUGGUCGAGAACAAGAUGGAAGGCCUAAAGGUGCUAGGUAUCGGGGUAGUCGUGAAACGAUGCGCAAGAAGAGGAAGUGUGGCCAAUGUGGGAUGCUCACCUUUCACAACCGGGGAACAUGUCGCAGAGCUCCUUUGGCUCCUCGUGCACCAACGUUUCGCAAGGAGUCUCAUUUCAGGAUUAUUAAGUUCUUAAAGAGGAUGUUGUUCUGA